CGGAACGGCCGUGUCAGAAGGACGGAUCUGAAGAUCUCCGCGCAUACGCGAAUUGCUCCGGGCGUCGCCUGCUCCAUAUUGUGCACAAAUAAACGUUUUUGAAUAACGACACGAAUUCUCAAGUUCUUCUCCCGCUCACGAUUCUUUGGCGAAUCUUAGGAUUCGCGCAACCUACUGUCUUCGCGCUCAUCUCUGAGCGUAUCCCGACAAAUCAAUCGGGACGAUCUCGUCGAGAUCGGCUCCCGAACACUAAGAAAUUCAAGAAAAUGAUAAAAAUCGUUUAUUUUGAGAAUAUCGCAAGAUACUUUAAGACUUGAAGAUUCACAUAAAAUUGAUACAUCGCUCGCAAAAGUAAAGUUACUCAUAUGGCGAAAAAAUAGGUAACAGUGGUUCCCUAUGGGUAACCAUGGUCCCGGCGGAUCAAAAUCUAUGGACGUCCUUGCUUGGGAUGAUGCCAAUGUGUGCUGCUUUUGCCUCGAACUGGCACGAAAGUUAUACGCUUUCGGUACUCGAUCAACGUCCUACGUCGCCGAUUACACAUCUUCGUAUCUGCGUCGGAUGUACACACAUACAUAUCUGGCGAGGGCCAUCGGGCACGCGGUUAUCGAAUUACGUCAAUUUUCCGAUACCUCUGUCGGCAUUCGCGACAUAACGAUGCGACAAGCGGAGCAUCCCUCGCUGUCCUGAAUUUUAACGACGUCAAAGUUAACUCGCCUUCUUCGGAAAGGAAAGAAGUGCUUCGCCAACUAUCGUCUGAAGCAACGGCGAGUAGGUGACAACGAGGACCGUGACGCACGCAGCCAACAAUCGACUGAAAAUGGCCAAAAGCGCUGAGAGAUUACCCGGUACUUCUACAAGACUUAGGACCAGGGACGAUGGCUGCUGUUCUGUGAAUUUCCUGAAAUACGUUCUUCACAUUUACAACGUGGUGUUGUUUCUGUCUGGACUGGUUGUGGGUGGCAUUGGUAUCUGGACGGUGGCGGCGAAGCACAGCUACGUGUCCCUGAUGUCCACGUCGACGUAUCCCACUUUGGCCUACGCCUUGAUCGUCGCAGGUGUACUGGCUGUCAUCGGUAGCUGGCUCGGAUGCGGCGGCGUAACUUCUGAAAAUCGAUGUGUCCUCCUCGUGUACGUCUUCGUGGUGAUGGCGGUGCUCGUUCUGGAGGCCGGGGUCGGCGCGCUGGCGCGCCUCUACGAGGAACAAGUUGGCCCUGAAUUGAAGAUGAAUUUGAACCGCACCUUUCUCGAGAACUAUUCCGUGCGGUCCCGAGAAACCGCGGCCAUCGACCAGAUGCAGAAAGAAUUCAAAUGCUGCGGUGCCUUGAGAUUCGAGGACUGGCUCGUGAGCGAGUGGCACAAGGACGAGAAGGUCCUCAAGAACGGCAGCGUCGUACCUGACAGCUGCUGCAAGACGCCGACGUUACUUUGCGGGAAAAGGGAUCAUCCCUCCAAUAUUCAGUACACGGGCUGCAUUUACAAGUUCCUGGAGACGACGAAGGACCACCUGAUAAUCUUAGGCGCCGUCGGACUGGGCCUGUCGGUCCUCGAACUCUUCGGCAUCGUUCUCGGGUCCUGCCUUUAUAUAAAGCUCAGGCACGACUUUGACGACUGAGAAUUACUUCAAUGCCCCGAGGGCAACAACAACGGCCAGUCGUGGUGCAGAUACAUGCAGAACAACCCGGAGACCAUUUGAUCGUCGGAGUAGGGGCGGAGGAAGAACGCGCGAUUACAGCUGCGGGAUCGUACGGAUGAAAGGGUACCAUCCUCGGCUGCGGACUUUCGUUUACCACUCUCUCCCCCCAACGCAUUCAGAAAGGUAUCAACAAGUGAAAAUGGAGGUAACGAUAAAGAAACGGCGCCGCCUUCGUCGAUCGUUGCCUCGCUUCCCGCGAACUUUGCGCAAAUUACGUGAUCACGGAGGACAAUCAAAGAGGGAAGCGAAAGUUCCAAAAAAGGUAAAAUCACAAAUUGUAAAAAUCAAUCCGACGACGUCUCGGAUUGCGGUCUGAAGGCAAAAAGGUGCUUCUGAUCGUUGAAUACUUGUGCAACGGAGCUGGGUUUAAAACUCGUGCUCAUUGUCGACGAUAUUAAAUAGAUUUUUUCAAAGACGGUGUUAUUACGGGAUAUAAAAAGACGGAAAAAAACUGAAACGUAUCACGAAGAUUGCUUCUAAAAUCGAUCGGCUUUGUUCGUGCCUUCGUAAUAAUUUAUUUCUCCAUGAUACUGUCUUUGUUGUGUCGUUUCGGAAUUUUUACGAGCUCGCGGCAAUGCCACGACAGAUUUUAAAUCCAGCUUUAGUGCUUUUUUUAAACAACACUCCCACACAAGAAAUUACAAAGAUGCAAACAGUUUUGAUAAACAAACGUGCGUGGGCGCAUUUUUUGGCGGUACGCAGGACCAGUGUAAUUAUCUCGAGUAUAUAUCUAAGGUCUUUCGCGAUCAAUGCAGCCGAUUGACUGCGCGACUCACGACUAGCCGAAACUGUAGUCCUCGCUGUCAGUGGUGUUUGAAUAUUUCCUGUGGUAUUUUUCUCCCAAACGAAAAACAAGCCUAGAUCCUUUUUUAUAUAGCACAUCGUCAGCCCACGUUGACGUUAAUUACACAAGCUCUAAUCUUCUCCGCCGAAUGUAUAAUAUUUUACGAACUCGGCGAAAAUUUGCACGCGCGAAAGCGCCGACCCCACUCGAUACUGCCAUUGCAAAUUUGCACAAUUUUCAAUCGCGAUCUAAGUACCGAUUACAUCGUUAUAAGAGCCAUGACAAAAAAGAAACUCUUUCGCGUUUCUAGGGAAAAGCUACGUGACUGUCUGACUUUUCCCGCGUAACAAUAAGAUCUGAUCGAGUCGAGUAAUGUCAAUUUUCCUGCGAUCGGAUUGCGCGCAUUAUCGAGUUUAGUUUACAUCACUUUUUUUUCUCGGUUCGCGCAACUGCGUCGAUGGAUAAAUAAAUCGGAAAACCCACCUACGGCAUGGUGGAAGGAAAACAAGGUGUGCUCUUGCGCAUCUUUCUGAUCAACCAAUAAGUGCGUUGGGCCACUAACUGAAUUACUUUGUGUAUUUACCAUGGACAAGAUAUGGCUCUCUUUGCUUGUAUAAUUCUACAUUGGAUUUCCUGUUCGUCCGUUUCUGAAUUGUUAAAUAUCACUCCCAAGUACUUAUACUCAUUGCAUGGGGUGAUUUUUUGUUGAUUUUCCAGUUCUAGUUGGGAUGCUUCUAAACCUAUACAUAGAUAUUUUGUUUUUUGAAAAAUAUUAUUCAUUUGAAAAAAUAUUAUUUAUUUGAAAAAUUUGAAUGAGCACCUUGUUUUCCUUCCACCAUGACCUGACGUAAACACGAUAACCGGAUCGAUCUGUAUCCGGCAGCGAAGACAAGGCGAAAAUCGACUUGAUAGAACUGCAAACAGUGCCUUGAUGAUAUUGUUAAGCUCAGAGAUAUUUUAGAGUAUACACGUUAAAAAAAGAGAAAAGACGUCGUAAGGCGGUGUAAAUUAUUAAAGAGGAACCAGCGGAUAGAACGGAAAGGAGAGACUCUAGCAUGUAAUAAAUUUCACACACGAGCAGCAUGUAUAUAUCCGUUGCUUCGCAAAUGAGUACAAGCCUUUGCAUGCCCCACAUAGCAAAAUAUAUCACCAAGAUAUCUGGAACUUGUCGAGAUAUCAUGAGAAUAUCUCAGAGACAUCUGCAAGAUUAUAAAAAGCCAUGAUAAUUUUAUCUCAGAUAUGAUAUCUGAUUCUGCAUAUAUAUCGGAUAUCUAUGCCUCAUUUAAAAGCAGAUAUAUUAUGUUAUACAGGGAAAAACUUUGGUACGUAACCAAGCGGUCCAAAUCUUCUCAGAUUGUUUUAUUGACUACGAAUAAACUUGAGUUGAUCUACAUAAAAUAUAAGAGUUAACUGUGAAUCGGCCAUAUAUUCGUAUGCAAAUGUUGCAGAGAUAUCUUUUUCAAAGAUAAAUGUGAUAUCGAGUAAUGAUGCCCUACAGAUAUUCUGUAAAUAUCUGAAAAUAAGAUAUCUCAGAUUUAACUUAAAAUUGUAGGCAUAAAGAUAUCUGGCUAUAUUUCAGAUAUAUUUUGCUGUGUGGGACAUUAUUUAUGAUAAACGCUUUCAUCCGCGUCGAAAAACGAGAGCGCGCGCCGUUCGAAUCGGCAAUUGUAAGUUGCAGAAAUUUUUCCGCCGAUUUCUACGAAUCGAUUGUCCUCUCCCCGCACACCUCCCUAUUGUGUCCCGUGCGAAUUUUGAUACGCAAGUUAUAUUCCGUGAUUCCAACACAGCCGAUCGUUGACAAUUACAGCCUUGCAAUUGCGGAUUCUACCGAUGUUCUUGCGCUCAAGAAAGUCUAAACAUAUUUUACUACUGUACCUUUCCCAGACAGCACAAAGAUGUCUAAAAGAUGACUAAAAGAUGACAAAUUUUCGGCUUAGAUGUCUUUUCGUUAGAGCUUAAAGUCGACUAAAAAAUGACUAAAAUAUUACUUAUGUCCCACUAAAUGUCGUCUUAUAGCUGAAACUUAUAAGAUGACUAAAAGACAUCUGAUAUUAGACAUCUUUUAGCCAUCCUUUAAAAUUGUAUUGUAGACAUGUUUUCGUUCUUUAUAUUAUAUAAAAAUUUAGUUUAUAAAUGAAAAGUUGAUGUUAAUAAACCUUAAAGUUAUGGCCAGUCCAUUAAAAAAAAAAACAAGGCAAACGUAUAUCGUCGGUCUGACAGACCAAUGCGCGGGUAUAGGAAGGUUAAACGCAUUAGAAAAAGCGUCAAGUGAGAUCUUUUAUACGACUUUUCGUUUAGUUAAGGCCCGAGCACAUGGAAAAACUUAAGCAGUAAGACAUAAGCAGUAAGGAAAUCAACGGCACUGAUUCGCUACCGUUUACGUUAUGUCUUAAGUUCUGGACUGUAAUUGGCUGAUUUGCUUACUGCUUAAGUUUUUCUAUGUGCCCGGGCCCUUAAACAGUCGACUUUUCGUGUAGUUGGAAAGACGUCUUUUAGACAUCUUUUCGUCUAGUCAAAAAGAUAACUAUAAAAAAACGUCUUUUCGUCAUCUUUUAGUUUUAUGUGCUGUCUGGGUUGCGUCAUGUUAUUUUAAUCUUAAUAUUAUUGUCCUCUCUUUGCUAUUAUGUAUACAUAUAUAUUAUCGAUUAGCGUCUAGGCGAACAUUAUACAUAUUGUACAUAUCAAACGCUAUUCUGUUACAAAUAAAUGUUUAAAUCGUA